UUGAAGAUUUGAUUCCUGGUUACAGGCUAGCCAGGUUUGAGAGCCAUUGAGCCGGAGCGCUUAGUUCAGUUACCGCGGGGUGCGACAGGUGACUUACUUGCAACCGCUGCAGGCCAAGACAAUUCAGGGAACAAAGGUUUGCACGCCAAGGUUCAAUCGAACGCCAUCGACUCCAGAAUUCGGUCACACGCAUUCCAUGGUAGAACGUGCAAGAAAGCUGCCUAUGCUCACUCAUUCCCUGCUGCUCACAGCUAGCUCCGAUGUAACAACAAUCGGAUUAGCCGAGUGAGUGUGUCGCAUUUUCAGGAGAUUCUACAGCUAGAAAAGAGAGGGUCUUAGGAGAGUUCUAAUCAGAUCUUCGCGGCUGCACUGGACGCACUUUGUAUCCAUUGUGUUGGACAAUCGGCACGCUGUGAAACUACUUGCAAUAUACAAGUUCCCGCGAGGACACAGGAAGAAAGCUAUCCUAGUAGAUCUACUUCCUAGCUGGGCCAAGCACCAGGUUGACCUCUGCAAAGACCUGCUCGCUACACGAGGAACGCCGGUGAGCUGGAUAUAACUCUGUUACCAUCAGUAUCUGUGUUCAGUGUUACAAGUUCAUCCGGGAACGACCACACGAUCGAAACACCCGUGACUUCGCACUUCCUCACUGGUCAAGUCUGCAAGCAGCAACAGGCUAGCUACGCGAUAGGAUAACCUCACGUGCAUAUAGCCGGCGUAUGUGCCAGACGUGUGAAGGCAGUUUCACCUUGCACCGGACAGCUACCAACACUACAGGAUACCUAGUGCCUCUACUCCGCUCUAGACCUCGCACGUGCUGAGAAGAAAGCAGAAGACCAGGGAGCUAUUUGGAAAGGUAUCCACUCUCAUUCCAAACGCUGCAGGAGCCAGUUGGAGCCCAUACCCGCUCAACAGGCGUGGAAAGGAAGAAAGUGAACAACGCGGAGCCGGAAGUUCAUCGACCGAUAUAUCCUACAUCAAAGAAGAAGAUGGCAAACGUGGGAUUUACCUGGAUUGCAGCGAUAUUGGUGCUGGCAUGCGCGAGGCGAUCAGAGCAGAGUGUCUGGAUGACUGGAAUAUCGAUCAGCUCAAAGACCCUGGAUCCGCUAGAGGGUGCACUGCAGAAGACAUGCAGCUCCAUUGCUGGUUUGACGCACCGUCAGCGCAUGUUCUGCUUGACUCGAUCGGAGCUGAUGGAUCCCAUCGACCAAGGAGCCAAUCUUGGUCGGCUGGAGUGCAGCAGGAGAAUGAGUAAGAAGCGAUGGAACUGCCCUAGCGACGACUCUGUACUGCUCAAGGCUGCUCUUGUCAAAGGGUACCGAGAGUCGGCCUUUCUGCAGGCAAUCCAGUCCAGUGGCGUAGUACAGGCAGUUGCCCGGGUCUGCAGCUCUGGCAAGGCUGAAAAGCACUGCGGAUGCGACAGCUCUUUCAAGCAGUAUGGCCGAGAACAGCACGAGAAGUUCCAGCAGCGGAGCAGUCGUAUCCGUGCCGAGGCUGAGAGCUCCAGCCCAGGGGGCAGUGGCGAGGUCAACCUCGACUUGGACGGGGAUAUCAUCAACUCUGUACCACUGACCGAGGAUGACCAGUCCUGGGUGUGGGGAGGCUGCGGAGACAACUGGGAAGCAGGAAUGCGUUUUGCCGCAGAGUUCCUCGACACUGGCGCGGUUCUUAACCGCUCGAAAGUGGACAAGCACGGCGGGAUGUUUGGGAAGUCGCCGCUGGUGAAUCGCAUGGCGUUGCACAACAACAAGGCUGGUCGAUUGGCCGUGAAGCGACUGCUGGACAUCCGAUGCCGCUGUAUGGGUCUGAGCGGCUCGUGCAGUGAGAAAGUGUGUUGGAGAGUGCUACCAAGCAUACAGAGAGUUGGAGACAGACUGCAAAAGAAAUUCACAGCAGCUGUGAAGGUUCGCAUGGCUCCACGAUCUCGCACCGGUCUCGCUAUGGUCAUGGAUGCAGCCAUUGGUGAAGAGAGCCGUGACGUAAAGCCACCCUCAAAGGAUCUGGUGUUCAGUGAAACAUCGCCGUCGUUCUGCAUCCAUGAUCAGCUGAAGGCAUCGCCUGGCACAACGGGACGCAAGUGCAAGCCGUUAUCACCGGGCGACGAUAGCUGUCAGCACCUAUGCUGUGGCAGAGGGUACACUACAGAGAGGAAACGAGUGGAAGAACGCUGUCGUUGCAGGUUUCACUGGUGCUGCCGUGUCACGUGCGAUCGCUGUGUGUCCGUGCAAGAGAUUCACACAUGUAACUAGCGCUGCAGCUACUGCCAGCCAGCCAGCCAGGGAGGGAGUAUUGUACUACUCUGCUGCCGACCAGACUCCCGACUGCCGUCAUGCACUACAGUAAUUGAGGCCAUCCCACAAGAAAGGUCGGAGUGUUCAUGCAACGUGCAAUGACAUGCCUCGAGUUACGGAGUUGCCGUGUUAAGAAAUGGAUGAGAAGGACAAUCCAGGUACAAUGAAUAAUUAUAGUACAUGUGCGCUAACUUCCAAUGCUGCCCUGCAAGAUUUUCUUCCACACUGUACCACAUGUACAUUACAGCCGUUUCCAGUGAUUAUAGUUAUGGAUGAGGUCUUCAUUCUGAUAAUUAUCAGGUCCUUGAAAAUUGAAGGAGACUUGAAGGAGACUGGCCCAAGCAAUGGCACCCAUUUAGAGAAUUGAGUUCAUAGCUUCCAUCCCCCUUGUCUUGAUUGCUGGUUAUCCUACGAUGCACCGAAGUUGACCGCUUGCUACACAGCACCCUUUUCAGAGUAUUUAUGUCACGUCUGCAGUCACCUUUGUGAACAAUGCCGGUACGGUUUGCAUUCCGACUACGUGCAUCCGUAUGCACGCUCAUGUGUAUGGACACCGUAGCCCGACCAGGUUUCAGUACACAUUUACUGCAUUGUCGGAAAGGGCGACCGCCUAACGUGUUUUAAUCACAGUAGUUCAGUGUCGACUAGGCAGCUGCCAGUAUUGCUGUUUAGUUUACACAGGGGCCGCAUUGUGCCAAGAACCACCCAGUUAUCUACUUUUGAACAUAUGAUUCAAUAUGGACAUCUAGUGCACGCCGCAUAAUCAAUGCUAUACUAUAAAAAGCAUAACGCAUUGCAGCAUGCGAAUCAUGCCGUUGAUAUCAUUA